AUGGGUGCUUCAAACCAAUCACACGCAACAAUAGUAGGUGAAGAUGGACUGGAUGGUUUACCUGGUGAAGAUGAAAAAAUCGGUGGAAAUGGUGGAAAUAUUUAUUUUAUUGAUAAUAAACAUUUCAAAGGACAGGAAAAUAUAGAAAAAUUGAUUACAUCUGGAGGUGAUGGUGGUAAAGGUAGAAAUGGAGGAAAUGGAGAUAAUGGUCAUGAUGGAAAGGAUGGUGAUAAUGCUUCAGGAAAACAUGGCUUAGGCUUUUUUGUUAUUGGUUAUGAUCUUAAAAGGGGAAAACCAGGUAUACGAGGUGGAGAUGGUGGAAACGGAGGCGAUGCAGGUUUAGACGGAUUCGGUGGACAUGCUGCUAAAGUUCAUAUAGAAGAAAAUGGAAAGAUUGUUCAUGAUAAUAAUGAACUUGUUAACAAAAUCGAAUCAACUGAUAAAUCGAAUAUAAGUGCAGAACAUGGAAAACCUAGUGAAGGUGGAAAAGGUGGAAAAGGAUGA